UCGGCCGGGGUGGCAGCUCCGGCCCCUGCCAGCCUGCCCGAGCUCGGUGCCCCGGAGCGCCGCGCUCGCUACCCCUGCGGGGUCCCGGGACACCGCGGUCCCCGCGGCCCGCCCCGGAAGCGCGGCUUGGACGCUCCUUCCUCCCUCGCCCCGCUCCGCCCGGGCUCGGGAUGUCCCCGCCCGGAGCGGCGACUCGGAGGACCCGCGAUGAGGUGGACGCCACGCUGCAGACCGCCAAGCUGGACCCGGCCGAGCUGCUGCCCACCGCGCACUGCCUGCGCUUCGGCCCCGGGGCCAGCGGCGCGGCCGCCGGCGCCUUCUGCCUGCUGGAGCUGGAGCCCGCGCUGUGCCAGCAGCUGGAGGCCGGGCACCGUCUUGUGAUUCGUGGUGAUAAAGAUGAGCAAGCUGUGCUGUGCAGUAGAGACAAAACCUACGACUUGAAGAUAGCAGACACUUCUAAUAUGUUGCUUUUCAUCCCUGGUUGUAAAACCCCAGACCAGCUGAAGAAGGAAGAAUCACAACACAGCAUUGUGCACACUGAGAUCUUUGGUUUUUCUAACAAUUAUUGGGAAUUAAGAAGAUGCAGACCUAAAUUAAAGAAGCUAAAGAAACUUCUGAUGGAAAAUACCUACGAAGGACCUGACAGUGAAAAAGAAGGUGAUUUGAGUCGCUCAAAAUAUACAACUGAAGAUUUGCUUGAUAAAAUUCAAGCAAGUGAAGAAGAAAUAAUGACUCAGUUGCAAGUUCUAAAUGCCUGUGAGAUUGGAGGUUAUUGGAGGAUUCUUGAAUUCGAUUAUGAGAUGAAACUUCUCAGCCAUAUAACUCAGCUUGUGGAUUCAGAAUCUUGGUCUUUUAAUAAAGUUCCUUUGAACAUAUGCCUUCAGGAACUUGGACCAUUGGAGCCAGAGGAAAUGAUAGAGCACUGUCUUAAAUGCUAUGGAAAGAAAUAUACAGAUGAAGGUGAAGUUUACUUUGAAUUAAAUGCUGAUAAGAUAUGCAGAGCCACAGCACAAAUGUUACUUCAGAAUGCAGUGAAAUUUAAUCUUGCUGAGUUUCAAGAAGUGUGGCAACAGAGUGUUCCUGAAGGAAUGGUGACCAGACUUGACCAGCUCAAGGGUUUAGCACUGGUGGAUAGACACUCGAGACCGGAAAUCAUAUUUUUGCUGAAAGUAGAUGAUUUGCCUGAGGGAAAUCAGGAACGUUUUAAUAGCCUAUUCUCACUAAGGGAGAAAUGGACAGAAGAAGAUAUUGUUCCAUAUAUCCAAGAUUUGUGCGGAGAAAGGCAAACCACAGGCGCAUUGCUCACUAAAUAUUCUCGUUCUUCUAUGCAAAAUGGAGUUAAAGUUUAUAAUUCCAGACGACUUAUUUCUUGAAAGACCAAUUUUCUUUUCUUUGGGAUUAAGUUGUUUUAUAAAGCUACUGGAUAUAAGAAAAA